GCUGAGUACAUGUUUGGAAUUUCCAUAUCAUGUCUUUGUAAUGAUAAUUGAUUAAGCAUAUGCGAUUGGAAACAUUUAUAUCAUACCUGUAACUCAAUUUUUUAUGGUUUUAUAUCAUAAAUAUGUUGCUCAAAUGAGGAUUUAUCAAUAUUGUGGAGAACUCGUUCACAUAGAGCAUAUCCUUAAAUCCCUGAAACUAAGUAAACUAGAUGAUGCAAAGAAAAAAGACAUUUCUAAGGCGAAAGGAGAAAAGCGGCGUCAGAGAUGUGCAUGUUGUCAACAAAGACGCAGGGAAAAGAAAUUACGACGAGAAAGCAUCCGAACACCCGCCAAUUUCUUACAGAGAUUUAUCCUUAAAGGAAAAUGUGACGGGCCUCAUGUAUGUUAUAAGUGUGGCAGUGGAGAUGAUGUGUAUGUGUCGAUGUGCUGUUGUAUAAUCAUGUGUAAUGCAUGUGUUGCUGGCGACGAAUGUCCUAAUUGUACAAAAAUGGCUUCUGUCAACAUGAAUUAAAAUGUUUCAUUUCCUUGAAAAAUAAAAGAUUAAAGCAAA